GUGUGCUCUAUGCUUAUUGCAGCACGUGAUUAGCACACUUCAUGAUAUAGAGGACACACUUAUGUUUAUAUUACUAUUGUAUUCAACCAAAGAGAUUGUAAGUGCAUUAUUGGGGCGGAGUGUCCUUUCCAGACAGAUUGAAAGUUGUUCGUGGUGGUUGGAGGUGAACAUGGGCCGGAUGUUUAGAACUUUGCAGACUUUUGAUGACGUGUUUCACUUGCAAGAGCAUGAAGAACAUAAGAACCAAGAGGGCUGAACGCGGACCGGAACCGACGAACAGAAGAGAGCCCGCAGGGUGCUGGUCCCCGUUAACCGGCCUGCGCGCCCCCCGUUCUGCGCAUGUCCCCUGGGUCAGAGAGAGAGAGAGCGAGAGCGAGAGAGCGCGCACUACAGUCACAGUGGACCCAUGGAGCUCGUCCCGGCGCCGCUGUUCUCCGGUCUUCUUGUCCACGAUGCCCUCUAGGAUCUCAAUAAGAUGCGUCUGUGUCUCCAGAUAACCAGCUUCUUCCUGGCCGUUCACUUCCACUGGCGGCCGCUCGCAGCUCAGGAUUCAUCCUGUUGCCAACAUGCUGCCGAGUUCUCGCCCUGCAAAGAAGCUUGUGACCAGCUCGCCACCAUAAAGAGUGAGUCCCGCCUGAAGAAUCUGCUCCAGAAGUUACCCAGCUACUGCCCGGAGGCCAUGAAUGAGCUUUGGACGUGCAUCAACUCUUCACUUCCAGGAGUCUCCAGGAAGUCGGAGGGCUGGGUGGGGCUGGGCUGCUGCGAGCUCGCCAUCUCAGCCGAGUGCCGCAGGGAAUGUCGACAGGCGUCGUCUAAAAAUGAAAUAACUAAAGUAUGCAAAAAGGUCACCGAGAACUCCCUCUACAGCUGCAUCACCAAAAAUGAAAUGGGCUCCACCUGCUGCAGCUAUGCAGGGCGCCACACCACCUGCAGGGAGUACUGCCAGGCCAUCUUCAGGACCGACUCCACGCCCACCGUGUCCCAGAUCACCGCCGUCACCGAGUACUGCCAGAGCCACAGCGCCCAGCUGCUGGGCUGCGUGGGCAACUUCACCAAAUCAUACCCCAUCCGCAGCCCCAUCGACAGCCUGUACUGCUGCGACCGGGCCAAGGCCCACUGCCAGGUGGCGUGCCGGCGGAUCCUCCGAACCAUGAGCACGGAGCACGAGAUCAUGGAGGGUCUGAUCGCCGAGUGCGGCUCGCAGCCCCUCCCCCAGGAGCCCAUGUGGCAGUGCUUCCUGGGCAGCGGCCACCCCCCCUCGCCGCCCGAAGAGGAGACGCCCCACCCCGCCAAGAUGGACUGCGCCAAGCUGCACUGCUGCUCCAAGGCCAACACCUCCCUCUGCAGGGACAUGUGCCAGGAGAUCAGCACCAACUGGGGCAGCCAGACCUGGCAGGACUUCGACCAGCUGUGUGAGUACAACCCGGUGGAGACGGAGCUCAUCAACUGCCUGGCCGACGUCAGGGAGCCGUGUCAGCUGGGCUGCAAGGACCUCGGCUACUGCACCAACUUCAACAACAGGCCCACGGAGCUGUUCCGGAGCUGCAGCGUCCAGUCGGACCAGGGCGCCAUGAACGACAUCAAGCUGUGGUCCAACGGGACCAUCAAGAUGCCCUUCAUGAACAUCCCGGUGCUGGACAUCCGGACCUGUCUGCCCGACAUGUGGAAGGCCGUGGCCUGCUCCCUGCAGAUCAAGCCCUGCCACAGCAAGUCCAGAGGGAGCGUCAUAUGCAAGUCCGACUGCCUGGACAUCCUGACUCAGUGCGGGGACAGGAAGCGUUUCCACGAAGGACAAACUCCAGAGAGGAUCUGUGAGCUGCUGUCGCCCAUCGAUGACCCCGAGCGCUGCAUCCCGCUGCAGCGAUACCUCGUCCCCAGUUCCCUCGGCAACAGCGUGGUGGAGGAGGUCAUCCACCCGUGUAACCCCAACCCGUGUCCCAGCAGCCACCUGUGCCAGGUGAACAGGAAGGGCUGCCUGGACGAGCUCACCUGUCAGCCCUUCCUCUGCGUGCCAGGCUGUAAGCUGGGCGAGGCCUCAGACUUCCUGGUCCAGCAGGACUCUCUGAUCCAGGUGCCGACCCGCUCCGGUCCGACCGGCUGCCACGAGGUCUGCAGCUGUGGCCUCAGCGGGCGUCUGGAGAACUGUGUGGAGAUGCCCUGCUGGGACCCCGAGGAGCCGUGUGUGGUGGGGGGGCAGAGGAGGAGUCACGGCUCGUCCUUCAAGGUCGACUGCCACACCUGCUCCUGCUUCUCUGGAGAGACCAUCUGCUCCUCCAGGGAGUGUCUGGACCCCGACAGCUCGGAGGAGGUCCGCCAGCACUUCACCGGUCUCCCCUGCAGCUGUCCGGACCGCUUCGUCCCGGUGUGUGCGUCCAACGGGAGGACGUACCCCAGCGCCUGCGUGGCGCGCUGCGUGGGCUUCAAGGACCAACAGUUCGUCUUCGGCCUGUGCCGCCAGAGCAAGCCCUGCACCGGGGGGCCAUGCCAGAGGAGCCAGAGGUGCGUCCCUCAGUACCGCGUGUGCCUCAGCGACUCCUCAGACUGUCCUCAGUACCGGUGCGUGGGCCGCCCGGCGCCGUGCGAGCGCGGCGGCGUGGAGCCGGCCUGCGACACCGACGGCCUGCUGCAUGCCGGGCUGUGCCAGCUGCACCAGGCCGGCAAGAGCCUGGCCUACAUGGGCCACUGCCAGGACGCCUGCCGGACGCCUCGCCAGGUGUGCGGCCACAACGGGGAAACCUACGGCAGCGUGUGCGACGCCGUCUCCGACCGCGUCGCCGUGGACUACGAGGGCCCGUGCCACGCCGUGGGCGCCAUGACGGCCGGGGCGCCCACGGCGUGCGGCGCCAUCCCCUGCCCCCCGCUGGCCACGCCGGGCUGCCAGCCCGUCACGCCGCCCGGAGCCUGCUGCCCCAUCUGUGCCAGCAUGCUGCAGAUCCUGUGGAACAAAGAGCAGAUGAACACCUUCUCUAAGCUGAACAAGAACCAGCCGGUGACGGUGCACGACGUGCUGCAGAUCCUGCGUCUCCACGUCUCCGUGCCGCAGUGCGACGUCUUCGGAUACCUGAGCAUCGACCACGAGCUGGUGGUGCUCAUCGCCCCCGUGGACCUGCAGCCCACAGCGCUGCAGGUGGAGGCCUGCAGCACGGAGGCCCAGAAGAUCGACUCCCUCAUCAACUACUCCAGCCCCACGCUGGUGGCCCACGUGCCGCUCUCCGCCUUCCUGGCCUCCGAGAUCCAGACCGCCCACAUCCGCUCGUCCGGUGGCUCCGCCCCCUCGCCGCCGCACCCGGCCCUGUGCUUCCUCCUGGCGCUCCUCGUGGCCGCAGCGCCCCCAGCCCUCCACCAGGUCUAAGUGCUUAUAGUCCGCCCCCCCUCACUGACUCUUCCAAAGUCCCCCCCCCCCAUGAGGUGAGUGUGUCAUGGAGACAAUCAUUCCUAUUGGCUCAGCUGCGUGUCAAUCAAUCAAGGGGAACGCUCUUAUUGUGAAAAGCUUUUGUAUGAACAGUGUUGAGUGGAUGACUUCCUCCCUGGGUUUCCCCUCCAGUGGUGUGUGCGUGCGCGUGUGUGUCUGUGCGUGUGUCUGUGUCUGUGUGUGUGUCUGUGUGUGUGUGUGUGUCUGUGUGUGUGUGUGAUCCACGUAUUAGAUGGAGGUCAGCAUCAUUAACAUGUCCGUGGACCUCGUGUGUGUUUUCAAACCUCUAACCUCAGCAGUGUUAGUGCCAUGCUCAUGGGCUGAGUCAGCCUCCAAAGUCGGUCUUAACCAAUCAAAGUGCCGGAAAGACAAUGAACAGGUUUUAAGUGUUGAGGGAGCUGGUCCAGGAUCUGUCUGGGUCACAUGUCACACGCCUGAUGAUGUGAAGCUGGUCACAUGUUCUCUGAGGUGGUGCUCAUGAAGACCCUCAGACCUCAGACCAGGUCACUAGAGUCCCUGAGAGGUCAGUAGAGUCCCUGAGAGGUCAGUAAUAAUAAUAAUAAUCAUUUAUUUUAUAUAGCGCUUCUCUAGACACUCGAAGUCACUUUACAGUCCAGAGUCCAGUCGUCACACACAGUCACCCGGUGGUGGUGGAGCUUCAUCAGGAGCCACAGCUGCCCUGGGGCCGACUGACGGAAGCGUGGCAGCCAAUCAGCGCCUACGGCCCCUCCCCCUGAGGGGUCAGUAGAGUCCCUGAUAGGUCAGUAGAGUCCCUGAGAGGUCACUAGAGUCCAUGAGAGGUCACUAGAGUCCCUGAGAGGUCACUAGAGUCCAUGAGAGGUCAGUAGAGUCCAUGAGAGGUCAGUAGAGUCCAUGAGAGGUCACUAGAGUCCAUGAGAGGUCACUAGAGUCCCUGAGAGGUCACUAGAGUCCAUGAGAGGUCAGUAGAGUCCCUGAGAGGUCAGUAGAGUCCCUGAGAGGUCACUAGAGUCCAUGAGAGGUCACUAGAGUCCCUGAGAGGUCAGUAGAGUCCCUGAGAGGUCACUAGAGUCCCUGAGAGGUCAGUAGAGUCCCUGAGAGGUCAGAGAGUCCAUGAGAGGUCACUAGAGUCCCUGAGAGGUCACUAGAGUCCCUGAGAGGUCACUAGAGUCCAUGAGAGGUCACUAGAGUCCCUGAGAGGUCACUAGAGUCCCUGAGAGGUCACUAGAGUCCCUGAGAGGUCACUAGAGUCCAUGAGAGGUCACUAGAGUCCCUGAGAGGUCAGUAGAGUCCCUGAGAGGUCAGUAGAGUCCAUGAGAGGUCACUAGAGUCCCUGAGAGGUCAGUAGAGUCCCUGAGAGGUCAGUAGAGUCCCUGAGAGGUCACUAGAGUCCCUGAGAGGUCACUAGAGUCCAUGAGAGGUCAGUAGAGUCCAUGAGAGGUCAGUAGAAUCCAUGAGAGGUCAGUAGAGUCCAUGAGAGGUCAGUAGAGUCCCUGAGAGGUCACUAGAGUCCCUGAGAGGUCACUAGAGUCCCUGAGAGGUCAGAGAGUCCAUGAGAGGUCACUAGAGUCCAUGAGAGGUCACUAGAGUCCAUGAGAGGUCAGUAGAGUCCCUGAGAGGUCAGUAGAGUCCCUGAGAGGUCAGUAGAGUCCCUGAGAGGUCAGUGAGUCCAUGAGAGGUCAGUAGAGUCCAUGAGAGGUCACUAGAGUCCAUGAGAGGUCAGUAGAGUCCCUGAGAGGUCACUAGAGUCCCUGAGAGGUCACUAGAGUCCCUGAGAGGUCAGAGAGUCCAUGAGAAGUCAGUAGAGUCCCUGAGAGGUCAGUAGAGUCCAUGAGAGGUCAGUAGAGUCCAUGAGAGGUCACUAGAGUCCAUGAGAGGUCACUAGCGUCCAUGAGAGGUCACUAGAGUCCAUGAGAGGUCAGUAGAGUCCCUGAGAGGUCACUAGAGUCCCUGAGAGGUCACUAGAGUCCCUGAGAGGUCACUAGAGUCCCUGAGAGGUCACUAGAGUCCCUGAGGUCAGAGAGUCUUGUGAGCACCACCAGAGACCAGGUCUACCAGGACCCAGCAGCCAGACCUGGGCCCGGCUCCCUCGAGGCCAGUCGCUCCGAGGCGGUCCAAAGGGAACCAGAAGCCAUUUAACUACAAAGACAAUCAGCGAGUCGCUACCCACAAUGCUCUCUGGUGGAGCUCUCCAGCUCACCUGGAGGGUGUCACAUGAAGGAACAAGGGAUCACUUGCCGUGUCACGUGACUCUUUUGUUGUGAUGAUGUCAUCGUUGUGCCUUGUUGUUGUUUUAUAAGCAAAUAUCUUUAUUCUGUAUCGCAUGAUGACAAUUAUGAAGUGUUACUCAGAAUGUACUACAGUGUGUGUGUGUGUCUCUGUGUGUGUGUCUCUGUGUGUAUAUGUCUCUGUGUGUGUGUGUCUCUAUGUGUGUGUGUAUAUGUCUCUGUGUGUGUGUGUCUCUGUGUGUGUGUGUAUAUGUCUCUGUGUGUGUGUGUCUCUAUGUGUGUGUGUAUAUGUCUCUGUGUGUGUGUGUCUCUGUGUGUGUGUGUCUCUAUGUGUGUGUGUAUAUGUCUCUGUGUGUGUGUGUCUCUGUGUGUCUCUAUGUGUGUGUGUGUGUGUGUGUCUCUCUGUGUGUAUAUGUCUCUGUGUGUGUGUGUCUCUAUGUGUGUGUGUAUAUGUCUCUGUGUGUGUGUCUCUGUGUGUGUGUCUCUAUGUGUGUGUGUAUAUGUCUCUGUGUGUGUGUGUCUCUGUGUGUCUCUAUGUGUGUGUGUGUGUGUGUGUCUGCCUGUAGCACAAUGUGUCCCCUCUAACAGUAUUACUGUGCUAGGCAGCUCUGUAGCCAGAACGUGUAUUAUUAUUGUUAUUAAUAUGAUAAUUAUUGUUUUUAAUAUGAUUAUUAUUGUUAUUAUGUUCCAUGUUGUCAAGACGUCAUCAGAUUUCACGUCGCGCCAUGAAAACUUAAAGCUGAAGUUGAAUUUGUUCUCAGAGAAAAGAAAAGGUAAAUAAAUGUACCCGAAUGUUAAA